AUGGAGUUUGACCUUGAAAACCCUUUAGAAAACUUCCACGACUUUCAUUGUGAUGCUGUCUCUUCCCUCUUCCUCAUUGAAUCUGACCACAUCCCUUCUCAAAAUUACUUUCUGACUCUCAAAGCCAGAGAUAUUGACAUCUUUGUUAGAAGAGAAGUCAUUUCCUUAAUCUCACAGUUGUCCUGCACUUUGGAUCCAGUUUUGUCUUACCUUGCUAUCAACUAUCUUGACCGGUUCAUGGCAAACCAAGGGAUAUUGCAACCGAAGCCAUGGGCUCUCAGGCUUCUUGCAAUCUCUUGCUUUUCUCUAGCUGCCAAGAUGAUGAGAACAGAGUUCUCUGCCACUGAUAUUCAGGCUCUUUUGAAACAAAGUGAUGGUGGCAUCAUAUUUGAGACACAAUCCAUACAAAGAAUGGAAGCACUUAUCUUGGGAGCUCUACAAUGGAGAAUGCGGUCAAUCACCCCCUUCUCUUUCAUAACUUUCUUCAUUACUUUGUCAAGGCUUAAGGACCCACCAAUGGGGCAGGUUCUGAAAGACCGAGCAGCUGAAAUCAUAUUCAAGUCACAAAGAGAGAUAAAGCUUUUGGAAUUCAAGCCAUCUGUAAUUGCUGCAUCGGCACUUCUGUGUGCAUGUCAUGAGUUGUUUCCUUUUCAAUAUCCAUGCUUCUUAAGAGAAAUAUCGGAAUGUUCAUAUGUAAAUAAAGAAAGCAUGGUGCAGUGCUAUAAUGUGCUACAAUAUAUAACCAUCGAGGAGUACGAGUCUGUGUUCAAUGGGGUUUCAAGUUCAGACACACCGGAUAAUGUGUUGGACCAUCAUUUUCUGAGUUCAGAGAGUGAAAAAACCAACGGAAUCACGGUUAAUACUCUUCCACUGAGACAAGAGAAGGACCUCAAAAGAAGGAAAAUCACUGGUUAG